CGUCGUCUUCAACAAGGCAAGGAAUUGCGUGCAGAAUGCUGCUAUGACGUGUGGCUAGUGGGCGGAUCCCUCAAGAAUCAGGUUUGUGUGGCACAUGGAUUUGAUCAUGGCGCAGGCGUCGCUCGGUAUGCUGCCCGCACACGCUGGUCUCGAGAUCGUGAGACUGGGCCAGCCGCGACAUGUUCCCUGCCCGCAUGCCCGCGGACGUCACUGCUUUCCUCUUGCACUGUCUCGCUGCCCUGACCACUGGCAUCGUGAUUUCCUGCCCUCUGUAGCUCUCCAAGAAAUUCACAACCUAUCCUCCCAUCACCAACCAAACCCCCACUAUAGACAAUCAUGCCGACUGAUGAGGAGAUUGUUGCUGCGCGCCAGAAUUGGGAACCGGAGUACCCCUCGGGAGACGAAAAGAGAUUCGCCGGUAGCCAGGCAGAGCAGGCACAAAACCAGAGGACUGUCACGCAACAAAAGAAGCACAACGAAUACUACAACCAGGAGAAGCGUCAGACCGGUCUCCAAACCGAGCGUUCCCGAUCCUCAUCGCGCCGAGCAAGAAGAAAGCGAGUCAAGAACGACCAGAGAGAUGGCAAAUACAUGCACACCAAUUCCCUAGAAGCUCUGGAAGAAGCCGACGCCAACGGCGAGCUACACGAGAUGCAACCUUUCGAACGUAUCGGACCCGAUUCAACAUCCAUGGACGGCCCUGUCACCAAGGCUCGCGCAGACAGAGGAGAGAUUCCUAUGCGAGGCAGCAACCCCAACCAGCCCUAUUAUAAGAAACCACCAAAGAAGGAGUCGUCUCUCCUUGAUGAAACCGAUGGCUUGAAGCUGAAGCUGGAUGCCAACCUCGACGUCGAAAUUGAGCUCAAGGCCAGUAUUCGUGGUGACCUGACACUAUCACUCUUUGCAUGAUCGAAUUGGCUUGCCAGAGCCAGACCCCUUGUCUGCUCCCAGCCAAAUCGCCCAAACGCACUCCUUGGCAUGAUCAUGUAUUAUUUUUAUCACCUGUACGAAACCGAACCGUCAUGAUGGGAACGGCGUUUGUUUUAAUCGGAAGCGUUUCAUUCAUACCUCUAUGCUUAUAACUUAAAAUCGUUGGCUAGAUACAUGCUAGCAAUUUACUGCUUGACAGAACCAA